AUGAAAACAACAACUCAUUCAAGUAUAUCAGAUCGUCUUGGUGCAAUUUUUUUUGUUUCUAUACAUCAAACAUUUCGUACAGGAGGUGCUUUAGAAGCAUUAAUUAAAGAACGAUUACUUUUUAGUCAUGAAAAUACUAGUGGUUAUUAUCGAACAUCAACAUUUUUUUUAGCAAAAAUUCUUUGUGAUUUAUUUCCAAUGCGUUUUAUACCUUCAUUUAUCUUUUCUAUAAUUGCUUAUCCUUUAACUGGUUUUCAACGUUCAAUUAAUCGAUUUCUUAUUUUCUGUCUCACUAUAUUUAUCAAUUCAAUAUUUGGUUCGGCUUGGUUUUCUUGUCUUAAAUGGACUAAAUAUAUUAGUGGUAUUCGUUAUUGUUCAAAUAUAUUAACUAUUAAUGAAUUUAGAAAUUUAACAUUUUGUGUAUCUAAUAACACUCAUAUAUGUCCAAUGACAGGUGAACAAGUAUUAACAGAACGUAAUAUUCCACAUAAUACAAAUUGGAAUAUGUGGAAAAAUUUACAUUUUAUAUCUAUUAUGGCUCUAGUAUUUUCUUAUUAUGGCUUCUAUUCGACUGUUACGAAUGAAAAUAAUUAA